CACACAGGGUCAUGGCAUAGGUAGUGACACAACCAAAUGGCUUGGACAAGCCAUGGAGUCCCAUGGACACAAGUGUUUACAAACACAGGCACGCAAGGUCGUGUACCCAAGGUCAGGCACACACACACCCUUCUCAUUCAAGUCCUGCCUCCCAGAGCCAGGGCUCGCCUGUCAUCUGUCCUUAGGAGGACGGAUAGGUGAAGGCACAGGAGUGGGUGGGUCUGGGCAAAAGGGGUCCUCCACCCAGAGCCUCUCCCUUUAGGUGGGUCUGGCUCCUAGCCCCCCACAUCCCCCAUAUUUCCCUGGCCCACCAGGGGGCUGAGUCUGGUGGCAGAGAGAGCUUUGGAGGAGGCAUUGCCCUGAAACCCUGGCAGAACCUGGGCACCUAAGAGAGAAUGAGCAACAGGGCUAGGAGGUGUGACAAAGAGUUCACAACCUCCCAGGACCUUGAGAGGGCAGGGAUGAAGCACUGAGCAAGGCCUGGAGGCCCAUGGGAAGCAGGGACCCCUCUGUGAUGGGCACAUCUACUCCUCUCAGAAUCACGCCUGCCGCCAGGUACUGGCACCAACUCCCAGUGCCUGGCAUGGAUGCUAGGCACAAAGUGCCAGACAGGGGGUGGGCAGGGUGGGGGGCCACUGGGCCACACACAAGCAUGGAGACCUUCACACAGGCAGGCAGAAAAAUCCACCCACACUCAUAUCACUUAUUUUACCCCCGGGGGUGCAGGUGUGUAAGGCAGAGACCACCCUGUCCUAGAGGCUGCCUUCAUGAUGCCCCACUGGCCUGGCUCUUGAGGCUAGCAGGGGUGGGGCAUAGGUAAUGGGAGACCUAGGUGCUUCCUCUGACACCCUACCCCCCACGGACCCCCACACACAUACAUUUGUGAGGCAGGAUGUCGGGUUGUCAGUCCUCAGAGGUAAGCCCUGGAAGGAAAGGGAAAGACGGGACACAGACUCCAAGAACUGGGAGCGGUCGUCCUGCUUCCCCGCCAGCCCCUGCUCGCGGUUUUGUGGCCGCGAGCUGCUCUGGGGUGAGCGCGCCUUAGGGUGUGUGCACCAGGGACCUAGCGCCGCGCACCACGUGGGAGAGCGGCGCGUGUGUGAACGCGGGCGGCAGCGGCAGAGGGGACCGGGUGAGAACCGGCUGGUUCCCGGCAGUGUUCCUGCAGGCUUGGCGGCCGCGGCGGUGCGAUCAGGAAAUGGCACCGGGAUGCCAGUUGUGCGUGUCCUCAGGUGUGCCGAGCAAGUGCUGUGACUCUGGUUUUGGCAAGGAGACGGCCAAGAAACUGGACUCCAUGGGCUUCACGGUGCUGGCCACUGUAAUGGAGUUGAACAGCCCCGGUGCCAUCGAGCUGCGUACCUGCUGCUCCCCUCGCCUAAGGCUGCUGCAGUUGGACCUGACCAAAUCAGCAGACAUUAGCCACGUGCUAGAGUUCACCAAGGCCCACACCACCAGCACUGGCCUGUGGGGCCUGGUCAACAAUGCAGGCCUCAAUGAAGUAGUAGCCGAUGUGGAGCUGUCUCCAGUGGCCACUUUCCGCAGCUGCAUGGAGGUGAAUUUCUUUGGCACACUCGAGCUGACCAAGGGCCUCCUGCCCCUGCUGCGCAGCUCAAGGGGCCGCAUCGUGACUGUGGGCAGCCCAGCGGGGGACAUGCCAUAUCCAUGCUUGGGGGCCUAUGGAACCUCCAAGGCGGCCGUGGCACUGCUCAUGGACAUAUUCAGCUGUGAACUCCUUCCCUGGGGAGUCAAGGUCAGCACCAUCCAGCCCGGCUGCUUCAGGACAGAGUCAGUGAAAGACGUGGGUCGCUGGGAGCGGCGCAAGCAAUUGCUGCUGGCCAGUCUGCCCCAAGAGCUGCUGCAGGCCUACGGCAAGGACUACAUUGAGCACUUGAACGCGCAGUUUCUGCGUUCCCUACACCUGGCCUUGCCUGACCUCAGUCCGGUUGUAGAUGAUAUCAUAGAUGCGCUGCUGGCAGCUCAGCCCCGCCGCCGCUAUUACCCCGGCCAGGGCGUGGGGCUCAUGUACUUCAUCCACUACUACCUGCCUGAGGGCCUGCGACGCCGCUUCCUGCAGACCUUCUUCAUCAGUCACUGCCUGCCUCAAGCACUGCAGCCUGGCCAGCCUGGUGCUACCCCACCGAAGGACCCAGCCCGGGAUCCAAACCUGAGCCCAGGUCCUUCCCCAGCAGUGACUCAGUAAGCCGUGUGCACAUGUGGCCUAGCCACUGCAGCACAGGAGGCUCCAUGAGCCCUUGGCUCUUCCCUGCAAACCCUGAGUAUAUUAUGAUCCCCCAAGUCUGUCCUGGACCCUCGCCUAAAAAAUCCCACCCCUACCCGGCACCCACUGCCAAUGCCCAAUCCAGGCCCGGUGAGGCCGAGGUUUCCCAGUGAGCCUCUGCACUUCUCCACUGCCCAAACAGACCCUCCUGGCACAAUGCUCUACCCUGCAGCUUGGAGAACUCUGCUGGAUGGGAGUCUCAUGCAAGACUUCACUGCAGCCUUUCACAGGACUCUGCAGAUAGCGUGUCUGCAAACUAAGGAGUGACUGGGUGGGUUGGGGACCCCCUCAGGAUUGUUUCUGAGCACCAGUGCCUCAAUGCUGCAAUUGAGGGCUAAAUCCCAACUGUCUCUUGACUGGCUCAAGAAUUAGGGCCCCAACUACCCACCCCCAAGCCACAGGGAAGCACUUACUCUACUUUCCAAUUGCCACAUUUUAAAUGAAGACAAAUUUUUAUUUCUUCUAGAA